AUGCCCAUCACCCUUCAGGUCGUUGACCAUGAGGCAAAGGCCUGGGGAGGAGCGAGAACUGCUGAUGCUUCCCAGCUCCUAGAGCUAGCAGCUCCAAAGCAUUCCCGGCGGUGCAAAAAGCUCGUUCAAGCCUCUUUCGCCCCCGACGAGUUCAGUCAAGGACAUAUUACCGCAGCAAACAACGGCUUCUUCUGGACGGCGUAUGAAGCCUACAGCUCGCAUCAUCACCUGGUGAUUCGCCCAGAGGACGUCUGGUUUGCCAUCUUGACACAGCUAAGCUUCUACAUCAACGCCCACGCAGAGGACCUGCGCUCCUUCUUUGUGGCCCACUCAGGGCAGAAGCAUCUUCACCUAGACGUGGACGAACUUGAUUUUGCAUACGUUGCGAAGGAGAUGACUCAUCUGAUUGCCAAGAAUGUCGUCGAUCCUGAGCUGCGUGGUUGGGUCAUGCCCUCUUUCUCCACCACUACCGAUAGUGAUAAGGUUGUUGGCGCUAUUCUCUUCAUGGGGGCGAUGCAAAAGUAUUUCUCCUACGGCGUCAGUGUCACAUGCGGUAUACCCUCUGUCACCUUGCUUGGUGAGGUCGACGACUGGAAGGAUAUCCUCAACCGCAUCGACAAGAUCGACCCACUGGGGUCUGAACCAACUCAAUUCGCCGGGAUGCUGCGCCCAAUCCUAAACGGUAUGAUCACAUCCUUUCAAAACCCCGAUAGCUUCGAAACAAUGGAGUUUUGGAACACCAUUGUGCAUAAGGUCAGCUUGGAUAGUGGCACAGACUAUCUGACAGGGUGGCUCACGGCUUUCGGUUUCUGGGACGAGGAUGGUACGGCCAAGAGACUUUCAAACAAGAUGUUCAACGACAUAUUGUACCCCACGAUUGACAUUGACAGUGUCCCCGCCGGGUAUGCAUCUGUACCUAUCUCGGUCAAUGACGAUGGGGACAUGUAUGAGGCGACCAUGGUGGCCGGCUCGGUUGGCACUUCUGCCACUUCCUCAACUUCUGACACGGGGAGGACAACUAAUGCUCGCGGCAGUCAGGGUCCAUCCAAUCAGUCAGCAGAGGGGCAAGAGCGUGAAUCUAUUGUGCGCGACACCAUUCAACCCGUUUCGGGGUGGUGGGUGUGCAGGAAUGAGGCAGCCGAGGAGACGGAGGCAAGAGAAACUGAGAAAACACGACUCCGAGCAGAGAUUGAAAGGGUAGGAAUGGAAGACUUUAACGCGUGGUUGGCGUUGUAUUCGAAAUUAGAAGAGCUUGAGGCAUACUGA